UUCCUACGGGGCGCCCUGUUCCCAUUGUGUGAGAGAUAGUAAAUACUGACACUGCUAGAAAACCAUAACAUUUAUUUCCUUGCGAAAAAACGUUUAUAUUCACGUCAGGUGAUAACUAACUUGUCAUGGCUCGUACCAAGCAGACCGCCCGUAAAUCCACUGGGGGAAAGGCUCCACGUAAGCAGCUGGCCACCAAGGCUGCCCGCAAGAGUGCACCGUCUACCGGUGGGGUCAAGAAGCCCCAUCGUUACAGGCCCGGCACCGUGGCCCUGCGUGAGAUCCGUCGGUACCAGAAGUCCACUGAGCUGCUGAUCCGCAAGCUGCCCUUCCAGCGCCUGGUGAGAGAGAUCGCUCAGGACUUCAAAACCGACCUGCGCUUCCAGAGUGCAGCGAUCGGAGCUCUUCAGGAGGCCAGCGAGGCAUACCUGGUGGGUCUGUUUGAGGACACCAACCUGUGUGCCAUCCAUGCCAAGCGUGUCACCAUCAUGCCCAAAGACAUCCAGCUGGCACGUCGCAUCCGCGGGGAGCGUGCUUAGCCCGCCCGCCCUCCUUUCCUUUUUCUCUUUAAUGUUUCACCUCUAUUCUCUUUGUUUCUUUAUCUCUCACUGUCCUCACUCCCUCAUUCGCCCCGCCCUUCCAUCUCACCCCCCAGCCCCCUCUCCCUGUUUUCUUCUUGGUAGACUUUAGAGUAACCGUGAUUAUGAUGAGAGAAACGUGUUGAAAAGUCUCGUCUCUCAUAGUUUUUGUCUUCAGCAGAUGUUUUAGGGUACCUUUUUCGUGCAUGUAGUAGGUGUCGCUGAUCAGACACACACACAGGUUUGUGCGUCCUCAGCUCUCAUAAAAUAAAACUCACUCACAUGCACAGGUGGGCAGACCAGAAGGGCAUCGCCCGGGGGCUAGUCUGCUUAAGGGGAGUGGCAACUUCCACAGCAGGGUGCUACUAAAACUAACCCCAGGGCUGUCGGUGUGUGUGUGUGUGUGUAAGCUCUGAUCAGCCAAGCAAAUUGUAUUCAACAGCAAACAAGUAUCAUCUUGGUUACUUAAAAAUAAUUCAUGAUUACUAUCAUUGUG